AUGGCUCGUCCUUCAAUUAAAGAAUAUUUAGCAUCUAAUCCUGGAAAAGUCCUUGUGUUAGAUGGUGGUCAAGGGACCGAAUUAGAAAAUAGAGGUAUCGACGUUGCAAACCCAGUAUGGUCUACUGUACCUUUCAUUAGUGAUUCAUUUUGGUCGGACCAAUCUUCUAAGGAUAGACAGAUUGUCAAGGGAAUGUUCAAUGACUUUUUAGCUGCAGGUGCAGAGAUUUUAAUGACCACUACUUAUCAAACCAGUUUUAAGUCUGUCUCCGAAAAUACUCCUAUCAAGACUGUUGAAGAAUAUAACGUUUUAUUGAACCAUAUUGUACAGUUCUCUCGUGAUUGUAUCGGUGAAGAGAAAUUUUUAAUUGGUUGUAUCGGCCCUUGGGGUGCCCAUGUAUGCGCAGAAUUUAAUGGUGACUAUGGUGAACAUCCAGAAAAGAUAGACUAUUAUAAUUAUUUCAAACCUCAAUUAGAUAAUUUUUUCCAAAACGACAACUUGGACUUGAUUGCAUUUGAGACUAUUCCAAACAUCCAUGAAUUGAGAGCAAUUUUGUCUUGGGAUGAAUCCAUAUUGUCAAAACCUUUCUAUAUUGGUCUAUCAGUUCAUGAAAAUGGGCUCCUAAGAGAUGGUUCUACCAUGAUAGACGUUGCAGAAUUGAUCAAAUCCAUUGGCGAUAAAAUAAAUCCAAAUUUGCUGUUAUUAGGAAUCAAUUGUGUCAGUUUCAACCAUUCUGCUGAUAUCAUGGAAUCGAUACAUAAACAAUUACCUAAUAUGCCACUUAUUGCGUAUCCUAACAGUGGUGAAGUCUACGACACCGUGAAGAAGAUCUGGUUACCAAACAGUCAUCCAACGUUCACUUGGGAUGCUGUAGUUAAAAGAUAUAUCGAGGCAGGUGCAAGAAUCAUAGGCGGAUGCUGUAGAACAUCUCCUGAUGAUAUAAAACAAAUUACAAAUGCUGUAAAGAAAUAUUCUAAUAACUAA